CGCCGGUAUAUCCUAAGUGCUGGAUCUACACAAACGCCUCGGCCACUUUGCCAACGUCCAGGUCACCGGUAACAUCCUCCAACGUGAGUCUCCCAUCUAUACUAAGAUCUCCUUGACAGCUCAGUGGGCGUGGUCUACGAACUCCCGUAAGAAUGGCAGAGGCAAAGCUGAAAGAAUCCGCCAAGGCUAAGAUCGCCGAGUCGACCGAUCCUAUGGAGAAGCUCAGGAACCACUGUUUGUCCCAGGGAUACUCUGGCAUCCUCUCCCUCGGCAAGCUGUUUCGCCGAAUGGACAAGGACCGCUCUUGGACCCUGUCACGCGACGAGCUGGCCCGGGGCGUCUCCCAGUUCGGGCUGAACUUGUCCGAGGACGACAUCAACAAGCUCUUCAAGCAGUUUGAGAAGGACGGACAGACCGGCAUCCACUACGAGGAGUUCAUUGAUGCCAUCAGACCUCCAAUGUCGGGCCCUCGCAAGACGGCCGUGGAGAACGUCUUCAAGACCCUGGACAAGACAGGCGAUGGGGUGGUGACCAUCGACGACCUGAAGGGCGUGUACUCGGCCAAGAACCACCCGAAGGUGCUGAAGGGCGAGGCCAAAGAAGAGGACAUCCUCAAGAAGUUCCUCAACUUGUUCGAGUCGAAUUCGUCCGUCGAUGGAAAGGUCACGAAGCAAGAGUUCUUUGACUACUACACGGCCCUGAGCAAAGCCAUCGACGACGACGAGUACUUCCUGACAAUUGUGAAGAUGAGUUGGGGAAUGUAGAAGGCUCUCUCUGUCGUCCCUCGCAAGGAGUGCAAGCACCCGGCCUUGCAGGAUGGCGUGACGUCACGCGGUACCAACGCCCUUUACUCAGCAUCCCUGCACAGAAGACCGCCAUCUUUAACUACCAAUUCAUGAAGCUUGUGUAUUAAAUCCACUUAUGAGAAUCUUAAGUUUUCAUAGGCAGAAAUCUUGAGAAAUGUGUAGCAAAGUUCUAAUUCAUCUAUUAUUGUGAGUAUGCGUACAAAUAUACACAGUACCCCAAACACUCAUUUAUACAGUACUUGACGCAAAAGCAAAACUUCAUAUAUAAUAAACAGACAACAUGAAACGAAGUUUUUUGAGAUACAUUCCUAUACACACAUUAUACCAAAGAGCUCCUAAGUAUGAAGUAGAAUUGAUAUUCAUUACAGCUGUAUUUUGAGAUGCUCUCAAAUAGAAAAAAUAUUAUAAUGAUAUCCAAAUCACCACCCGCCCUCCAACAGCUUCUUGUUUCAUGAUUUGAUAGUGGAAGUGACAGGGAUAAUGCCUGAAUGCACUUAUGUUAUUGCAUGCAUUACACACGAAUAUAAACAGUGUUCUCACGAUUUAGGUGAUGCAGGAACUCAUAUGCAUUAAUUUUAUACGGGAUAUUAAAACACAUAAAACCAAAAAGAAA